AUGAGCCGCCUCGCGGUGCUGGGUGCUAGCGGCCAUGGCAAAGUCGUCGCGGAUACAGCCGAAUGCUGUGGUUGGGACACCAUUGAGUUCUUUGAUGAUGCCUGGCCCGGGUUGCUUCGAAAUGGUGCCUGGAACGUCGUAGGCAACACCGAGAGACUGUUGGCGGCUGUGGAUGAAUAUGAUGGAGUGCUGGUGGCGAUCGGCAAUAAUCGGGUACGCCAGGCAAAACUGGACCAGCUCAAGGCGGCAGGCGCUGCGCUGGUUACGCUGCGCCAUCCGGAUUCAACCGUCAGCCGGUAUGCCACGCUUGGUGAAGGAUCGGUGGUUUUUGCUGGCGCUGUGGUAAAUGCCGAUGCCAGAGUAGGCAGUGGCGCUAUUCUCAAUACGGGCAGCAGCGUCGACCACGAUUGUCUAUUGGGAUCGUGUGUGCACAUCAGCCCCGGCGCCCGGCUUGCAGGCGGCGUCUGCGUGCAGGAUUUGAGCUGGAUUGGCAUAGGUGCCUGCGUGCGACAACUUGUGAACAUCGGUUCGCAGGUCAUGGUUGGCGCGGGUGCCGUAGUUGUCAGAGAUGUGCCAGACAAGGUUACGGUCGCCGGAGUGCCGGCCAGUGAAGAGGAGGCUGAUGCCGUACGUGAUGUGAUUCUGUCCAAUAAGGUCAACUACUGGACCGGUACACAGGGGCGUGAGUUUGAAAAGGAGUUCGCUGCAUGGGCGGGCACCGAAUACGCCAUCGGACUGGCCAACGGAACGGUUGCCCUGGACCUUGCCUUGAAGGCCUUGGGUAUCGGUGCUGGCGAUGAAGUGAUUGUCACCUCACGCACGUUUCUUGCUUCCGUCUCGAGCAUUGUGAAUGCCGGGGCUGUUCCGGUUUUCGCCGACGUGGAUCGCGAUUCGCAAAACUUCAGCGCGCAGACUAUCCGCGCUGUGCUGACGCCUCGCACCCGGGCCGUAAUUUGUGUGCAUUUGGCUGGCUGGCCUUGCGAUAUGGAUCCGAUCAUGUCCCUGGCCGAGGAAUUCGACCUUAAAGUGAUCGAAGAUUGUGCCCAGGCCCAUGGCGCUCGUUACAAGGGGCGCUCGGUGGGGUCAAUUGGCCACAUCUCUGCCUGGUCCUUUUGUCAGGACAAGAUCAUGACCACAGGCGGCGAGGGCGGAAUGGUCACAACCAACGAUCGCAAGUUGUGGUCGGACAUGUGGUCGUUCAAGGAUCAUGGCAAAAGCUGGGAAGCAGUCUACGAACGCAACCAUCCCCCAGGUUUUCGCUGGUUGCACGAAAGCUUCGGUACGAACUGGAGAAUGCUUGAGGUUCAGGCCGUGAUCGGCCGGAUUCAACUCAAGCGCAUGACCGAUUGGCAGGCCAGUCGGCUAGCGAAUGCCGGGCAGAUCUGGGAGUGCGCCAGCCAACUCAAAGGUUUACGUGUGCCAGUCAUGCCUGAGGACAGUGUUCACGCGGCGUAUAAGUGCUACGUGUUUGUUGAGCCUCAGGCGCUCAAGGCCGGAUGCCACGCUACUGAUGCUACAUAUGAGUAUACCGCUGUUAGCAGCCGCCUUAUGCCU